AUCCAAUCGACAUCCAGACUAGCAUGGUUUCUACUCCCACGCCCACGAGCACCCCAUUCUGUCUUCGUUGGGGCAUUCUCGCCACAGGAACCAUCGCCGCAACCCCAGCAUUCGCCCGCGACCUCCUCCACCCCCCUUCCUCCCGAUCCGUCACCGAUGUGUCGCAUCUACUGCUGGCGGUGGCAUCUUCGCGAUCCACGACGAUCGCCCAACAAUUCAUCACCCGCAUCGGGGCAUCGUCGACCAUUGCGUAUGGUAGCUACGAGUCUCUGGUGGCGGACCCCCGCAUAGACGCCGUCUAUAUCGCCUCGCCGCAUUCUCACCAUUAUCAGAAUGCCAUGCUGGCCUUACGUGCCGGGAAACAUGUUCUUUGUGAGAAGGCGUUCACGGUGACGGCGAAUCAGGCCCAGAGACUCAUGGACACGGCGCGUGAACGGGGAUGUUUUCUUAUGGAGGGCCUGUGGACGCGGCUUUUGCCUAUUGCGGUGCGGAUUCGUCAGGAGAUUGAGGAUGGGGUUAUUGGGUCGGUGGUUCGUGUGGUUGCGGAUAAUUCGAUCGGGACGGAUGCACUGCACGAGUUGAGGGAGAGUUAUCUUACGAAGAGGGAGUUGGCGGGGGGUGCGUUGAUGGAUUUGGGGGUAUAUCCGAUUCAUUGGAUCUUGCAGGCCCUUCAUCAGUUACCGGAUCGAAAGCCUAGUACUAUUCUAUCGACAAUGGUACCGCUUGGCUCUGCCGGCGUGGAUGAAUCAACAAUGCUGAUCAUGACCUUCCCGGCGAAUCCACCAUCCCCAGCCUCGGUGCAGGCAAUUGCCAGUGCUAGUCUUCGUGCCACCGGAGACUCUGAUGGAGAGACCCCAGUGGUGCGGAUCCAGGGUGAUGAAGGGGAGAUCCAAGUGUAUGGACGGCCAUGGUGUCCAUCGAAGUACCGUAUCGUCAAACGGGAGCAGAGGUUCGGCAUGGUUGGAGAGGUGGACGAAUUCCAGUUUCCUAUUCCAGGGGGAGCCCACGGGCUCUGCUUUGAGGCGGAUGAGGUCGCCCGAUGUGUUCGUGAUGGGCGUCUGGAAAGUAUGAGCUUGCCGUGGGAGGAAACAUUGCUAGUGAUGGGCAUUCUGGAUGAAGUGCGUCGGGCCAAUGGGCUAUCGUUUCCAGACACUAUUGAGAGCGAUAAGUACCCGGUGCCAAUGGCUGUGAAGCAAUCCUAAGGACAUGUCAUUUUGUUCAUGAGUGAUUGAGGAGUAUCAACUAG